AUGCCUGUUAGUAAGUCAUUAGGAAAAAUUCAAAAAAGGAUGAAAGCUUCAUCUAAACAGAACGUCAUUCAUCCUAGAGGCCGUAAAUUCCAACAGCUUAAUAAAGCUACUUUGCGUGAAGGUAAAAUAGCUGAGAAAAAGAAAGCCCAUCAUGACAAAAAAUCUCACGAACUAUCUCGUGUGGGAUUCAUUCAGAAUGCUAUAAAUAUUGAUGCCCUCAAAGAGAAACCUUUCUUUUCUCAUGAAGAAACUGCUCUUUUUAUUGAACAAUUCAUUGCUAGAGAUGAUGAAGAAUUAAAUGAUCUUAAAAAAAAGAGAAGAUCUAAUAGACCACCAACAAAUAGACAACUACUGCUACAACAAAAGAGAGAUAUAGAAGAGCAGGAAUUCAAAAAGGGUUUCUUGUGUCCCGAUUUAACUGACGAAAAAAAUGUCGAAUUUAUCAGAAAAUGGAAUAAAACUUUUGGUGGUGUUACCAAUAUGAAGUUAAUUAGAAUUAAUAAUAAAGGUGAGCAGGUUUUGAACAGUAUUACCAAAACUAAUGACGUCGAAAUGUCAUAA